UAUCUGGCAAUACACAAUAUCAAGUAAUUCCGCGUCGCAUAAAAAUCUCAAAACGUUUGGCGCAAUGCAUGCAUCCAGCACUGCCAUCUGGUGUGCAUUUAAAAGCACUGGAGACCUACGAUGUUAUCUUCGGCAAAACGGGCGCAGAGCGUUUGGCGCAAGAGCUUUUCAUAUACAGUGCCGGCCUCUUCCCACUACUCGGCUAUGCGGCAAUGAAUGUGCGUCCUGCACUAUUGGGCAUUUAUGAGACCUACUUUGUGCCACUGGGCGAUAAGCUACGCCCAGCGCUUAGUGGUUUCCUCAGCGGUGUACUGCCCGGCUAUGAGAAUGGCUUGGAUCAUUUCGAUCGCACGAAUUCCUUACUUACGCAAGUUUGCACCGCUGUCAAUCCGACACACUUUUACACUGUGCUCUGGGAAUGUAUGGCGACAAAUGCUUCUAUACGCUUGCCUGCGGUCACCUAUCUACUCGAGCACUUCAACAAACGCUUGAGCAUGCAGGAGCAAGUAUUUAUUAUGGGACACAAUCGUGAUAUUAUGAUGUCCGGCCUAUGCGCUUGCCUCAAUGAUAGCGUUAUUUUAGUACAACGUAAUACAUUAGAAUUUCUACUACUCGGCUUUCCCAUGCAUACCAUCUACCUAACCGAAGCGGAUCUCAUCAAAUUGGUUACGAAUGGUUUGAAUACAAUUUUACGACGUGAUAUGUCACUGAAUCGCCGCUUAUAUUCUUGGUUGCUUGGCAGUGAGGUGGCUAAGAAUUCACCUACUUAUGACACAACUUCACUAGAUGGCGCGCCCGCAGAGACGGAAACAUAUUUUGAGAAGCAUUCGAAACAUAUUGUCAUAAAAUCUUUGAUAUGUACGCUGAAAUUCAGUUUGGAGAGCAACCCAGUGGAUGUGAAGCCAUAUCGUAUAAUGGUUUCACUUUUGGAUAAAGCGGAAAUCGGUAGCGCUGUGCUGGAUCAUGUGCUCUGCGAUAUUAUACGCACCAUGUCGUUGUCGAGCAGCAGCAAUUCGGAGGUGGUGAAGUCGGCCAAUCUACUAUUUGCCACAUUCGACCCAGUUUAUAUUUGGAGUUUUAUGACGAGCAUGUAUGACAAGUCGUGCAAGAAGACCAACAAAUUCAUGACUCGCUCACAAUCGAGAGGAAAAUUAUCACGUAGCAUUUCGCGCAGCAGCAAUGAAACGAAAUUUCAAUGUGAAGUCGGCUCUGGCGAUCCUAGUCUGGUGGAAAUAUGCUAUCUUACCGAAUUUUUACUAGAAACCAUCUCCUUGGAAAUGUACAAUGAAACGACGCGCAUUUAUUUGCCAAAAGUAUUUCUAGCUAUCACACAGAUGCUCACCAUACAUCUAGACAAUAUAAGUAGUGAUGAAGUAAAUGCUUCACUGAAGCUAUGCAUGAAAAUUGUUUCACGCGUGCAGCCGAUGAUUACUAGCCCCAUAAAGCUCGUGCCACGCACCAAUCACGGCUACUACUCAUCCUCCGAUGAAAAAGCUAGUAAUGCCAAUAAAAGCGUACUGAAGAAUACAUCAAUUGCGCAAGUUGCUGGCGCUAUGUAUGCGCUAGAGAAGAGCAAAUCCGAUUCGAAGUUGAACCAUUUUUCGGGUGACGACAGCAAUGGCAUGUCACAGCAUGGCAAAAAUAAGGGCGUUUAUGCUUAUACCGAGCCGCCAAUGCGACGCUCGAACUCCAAUCAGCAUAUGGAGCGUAAAAGUCCAAAGAAGAAGAAGGCCAAAUCCACAUCAAAGCUAUCAGAACUGGAUAAAGAGAUUUGCCCCGACACUGGACAAAUUAUCGAGCCACAAUCCUCCUCCGACUUGGAUACGCCAUUGAGCAUUAAAAAAUUAAAAUCGAAAGCCACAAAACCAUAUAUGCGCAUACGCACCAGUCCCAAGAAGACACGUCCCAAGGACAUCGCACUCACCGGACCCAAAUCACUCGAUCCAGCUUUACUGAAAACCCAGGAUGAAACAGACGAUUUGCCAAAGAGCGCACCAGCCACCGAGCAGUUAGCCAAAGAUCGUGUGGAGGAAUUGAUUUUCGACUAUAACGAAGCUAAUGCUAACAACGAAGAAGAAUUCUCAAUACUAGAAAAAUGCAUUAGACAAUAUGAGAUUUUCUUCGAACUCUAUUUGACACGUCACGUUUUGCAAAUUAAACGCGCCACUGCAGUGGACGAGGAGAAAUGUCGCAUUAAAGUCGAAGUAGAACGCGAACAGCCGCUUAGUGUGGAGCAUAUUUUUCAAAAUGAGCAGAUCUAUGAAGACGCAAGCCCUGAACGGCUCGUAGAAAUCGAACGACUCUUUGACACGCUGCGCGUUAAUGUAAUGAGUCGUUCCAAACAGCUGCAUAGCUUACUAAAUCGCUCGUUGGGACAGACUAAAGCCACAACUGCAGGCACCGGCACUGAUUCAACCACCAGCGAUGCGAGCGAUGAGGGCGAUGAGACGCAAGUGACAUGCGAUGACAGAACCGAACGACGCAUACAAACGCUAAUGGAUUUACGUGUAUCGAAUAGUUUGCGUAGCGCUAUAAAAUUGGCAGCAAAUUUGCUCGUAGAAAUGUCCACAUUCCCCAAUUGCAAUAAGAAUAUUGUGUUGGAUAAGAAUGACAAAGAGAUACCGAGUUGGUUGAAGGUUCUCUGCCUGGUCACGGCGUAUACGCAAAGCGAUAAAGAAAUGCAGAUAGCUGCGAUCACGACGCUCUUCGAUUUAAUUAGCCUACUCAAGUCUCAAAUCGAACACACCACCAGCCCCGGCGUGACCUUUGUGGUAAUGCUGCCACUGCUCAAAUUCGGUCACGUCAGCUAUAUUGAACAUAAAACGCGCAUCUUUCAGCUGAUCACCUCCGUGUUGUGGAAUUACUUGGGUGAACCGGGCGUUGAUCCGGCGCAGAUCACUUCGUUGCUCUAUCAGCUGCAUAAUUGCUUGGAGAGCGGCCUGGUGGAGACCAUCAUCGGCAAUCGUAUGUAUGCGCAUAGCAUGCAUCAACAAUUUGCCGCCGCCGAUGCCUUGGCAGCUGCCAGCUGGGGCGAACAAUACAGUAGUAUGUUGCCGCAAACUGCGCUACGUAAUUACCGUUACGAUCGCGCGCGUGAUGUGCAAUUGGUGUGCGCUUCACCCGCGCGUCCAGUGACGCGCGCUGCCAUUGAGCAGCUAAAAGAGAGUGAAUCGAAGAGUUUUCGCAAGUUUGAGCUCCUCUGGCAUUUGGGGCGUGACAAACAGCCCUCCAAGGGUUUCGAAAAAACGCUGUUGAAAGUGUUGGAUACUCUGGCGCUGCCGCAAUAUAUGUCUGUGCGCACUUGUGUCACCAAAUGGCUACAGUCCGCUUUGCUGCGUGGUGAUUUACCGCGUCUCAUCAAGCCGCUCUACAAAAUACUGCUUGGUCCACAAACGAAACGUAUUGGCAUUAUGCAUUUGCACGUGCUGGAACAGGAGCGCAGCGAAGAAGGUAAUGGGCAAACAAAGGCGAGCGACAAGCUACAGUUGGGCGGCGCGCAGAGCGACAAUUCGCUGGAACGUGAUAUUUAUGCCAUCAGUUCUGAGUAUGGCAAUAUCAAGUAUCACAUGGACACCUCGAGCCACAAGAAACGCAGUCCAAUACGUAGUUUCCACAAGAAGAUUUUCGGUGUAGCUUUGAGCAGCAAAAAUAAAACAUCGAAUUUUUUGAGCGACAAAACGCCCACACAAACUAUAGCUGCUGCAGAACUACCAGACGCCACCAUAGGGCUCAUAGUCAAUCCGCUAGAUAAUUCGCCGGAUUUCGAUGAUGCUGAAGACAAUGAGACAGAGUGCGAAAUGCACGAGUUGACUUCGAAAAGUGAUGCACAUUCCAUAACAAAGCCAGCAGAGCAGUCACAAAGUGUGAAGAGCGCAGUUGAGGAUGACGAUGCCGCCGAAGAGGAGGACGAUGAUAAGGAAGAGUUGGACGCGCAUGACUUCGAACACGACUACACGGAUGACUCGGAGAGCAGCAUGUUCGAUUCUGAAUCGGAAAAUCGCGAAACAAGCGUAGAGAAGGACGACAGCCUGACGAUCAGCUCCAGUGUUGGUGUCGUUGGUAAUGGCAAUACCACUGUUGGCGGCAAUCUCAAACGUUUCGUCGGCGACUGCGAACGCGUAACUGAGUUGUUGUCACAACACGAACGCACGAAAAAUCGCAAAACGUAUCGGCUAACGCGUGAGAAAACGCCUGGUGAUUCGAGCUUAGCUUCGGUCACGUCAACUACAGACGAACAUUCUUCACUCGGCGCGCCAACACAAAUUUCUGGUAUACUGGAUGACUCGGCGCAUGCAGCUGAUGAAUAUUUCAGCACCAAUAAUGGCAGCGCCAACGAUACCGCAGCUGCAGAGACAACACUCAAAGAUUUAGGAGCGCAAAUGUCCGCGCAGCCAAUUGAUACACCGCCACAAACACAGCAGCAAAGUAACGCGGGCAGCGGCAAGCAUAAGCGCGCACAUGGCACAACAAAAUUGAAUAAGAAAAAACUUGGCGCGGGCAAAAAGUCGCCUGGCGGCAGUGAUAAGAAACGCAUGAGCUGCAUUUCGAAGACCUCAACGGAUAGCAACAACAGUUACUCUGGACUGGCCGGACCGCACAGUCUGCAGGAGGAGCCCAUUACAUGCAAUUCACUGCAAAGCGACGACGAUGAUGAGGAGCUGUACGAGUCGCGCUCACAAUCCCAUUCGCUCACAACCGCGUCCACUAUAAAUGUUGAGGAUAAACGACGCACGCUCAGUUUGGAGACAAGUCAGAAGCCCAGCCAACCGAAAUCUGAAUGGGCACUUACACAGGAAACACUGGAGAAGAGCAAACAGAAUUUGCAGAUUUUACGUCAAAAUGCCGCCGCCGCGCAGCAACAGAAUGGCAACGGUGGCGGCGAUGCUGGUAGUAAGCGUUCAUCGAUGAAGAGCGGCAAUUCAAGCAUAAGCGCGGGUGAUAUAUCCGCGCGCCUGGUCACCGACCAAAUGCCCAGCUACUAUCAGCAUAUGCUCAUCUACGCCAGUGGCGCUUACGACACAAAACAAACGUUGUACGCAUUCCAAACGCUACGCAACAUCAUCACCUGUGACACGCGCACUUUUCUCUGUCUGUCGAUCACCACCUCCGUGGCCAGUGGCACAUUGAAACAGCUGCUGAUACGUCAUCGCAAAUGCAUGCAGGGCAAAGGCUUUACGGGCAGCAUCAAUAACACCGAGUACGCGCAAAGCUAUCGCGCUUGCAUGCAUCUAGAGGUGUUGGUCACAAUAUGUCUCUAUUAUGCGCGCGGUUUCUUUCAUCAUGAAGCGCGUUAUGCAGAUAGCGCCGCCGACGCUCCCAACGCUGAAGAUGUAAUGGGCAACUGUCGCGUGCAGUUGGAGAGCGUUGAGCUGCUCUCACUUAUAUGCGCUGAGCUAAUAGAUAUCGUGCGCGGCAUGGGUAAGGGACUGGCAUAUUACAUCGCCGACCUGAUGGCGCGUUGCAAACUACAAAAAGUGAUACUACAUUGUCUCAACGCAUCGGUGAGCAUGUUUAGCGGCCAACAGCGCCAGCAGAAAUCACGCGCGUCAGAUACGCUGCCUGCGCGCAUACUGAAUUUCAACAAUCCCCAAGAUGAUCAAUUGCAUGCUGAAUCGCUGCAAUUACAGCUGCUACGCCUACUCAUGUCUGUGAUAAAACUUGAAUAUGAAGUACAGCUGCUGAAACAAGAGAGCAAUGGCGCUAACGCAAACGGCGCUGGUAGCAGCAAGGAAGACACCUCGGGCAAUAUAUCACCGACGCGUCUGUCCAACAUUGGCGGCGAAGCAAGCGUCACAAAUGUCAAAUACUUGCCCAGUUGUUUGAUCAGUCAGCAGCCGAUGUUUCUCGCCGCGGUGCUAAGUGCGCUACAGAAUGAUCAGUUGCGGCAUUUACACCGCAACUGGACCGAUUUGGUGACUGCAUCGUUGAAUUGUUUCAGCUGCGGCUCGCUUACAAACAUCGUCAUCAGCGUCGUACAUCAGCUUUGUCACAAUAUUGAUCGUAUAGCGAAAUUGUCGUUGAAGGAGCAGAGCGGCUUUCCACCAGACUACGUAGUCUCACAGCUAGAAGCCAUCACUAUACUCUGUCACUAUUGUCUGCUCGACAACACACAACAGACCACGCUCUCACAUCUCUUCAAUCAGGCCUACCCACAGACCAGCGUCUCAGCGCAGAGCUCCAAUACCGGCCAAUUGCUCAACAGCAUUGUACAUUCAUUCCUGUCCAGCGCUGCUGCGGCCGCCGCCGCCACAUCACAAUCCUCGGAGGCGCAGGCGCCACGCAAUCCACAGUUGCUAGCUGCGCGCAAUGCCGUGCUUUCACAUCUCUCGCGCAUCGUUACCAGCGUUGCGGCCGUCUGGGAUAGUGAAUUGGGUCAAGUGCGUCCGGUGAAGCAACAGCUAAUGGAAUUCCUAUCGCCGGUGUCGUUGCAUCAUGGCGCCAACUUCCUUGCUGCUGUCGCAGUUACCUGGCAAGAGCGCGGUGAAGCGUACGCCAAGCGCGCCAAACCACUCUCUUCACUCAGCAUACCCGAACAGUAUCUACGCAAUUCGGCGCCACAGGCAUGCGCCGAGCAAUUGAGUCUCGUUACGCUUGUCUCCAGCAUACGCGUUAUGCCGAUGGACUCAUUCGUACAAACACUACAUCAAGUGGUGCGCAAUCCGCCGCCCAUACAUCGACCACCCGUGCACCUCACCAUCGAAGUGAGCGCUUUAGAAUUAUUCUAUUUUUACAUGAAGUCCGCGCCUGCGCCACAACUUGGCGAUUCGUGGAGCUCUCUAUUGGCGCUACUGCGCGAUUGUCUCAACCUCACGCCAGCAGCACAAUUUGUAUUGCUGAUGUUGCUCAAUGAAUUUGUGCAACGUUGUCCGCAAAUGCCGUUUCCCGACAAAAAAGACAUACGUGACUUGCAUGACGUCACCGCGCGGCUGGUCGACUCGCUGUCGAAUGUGGCCGGUUCGUGUUUGGAACAAACCACUUGGUUGCGCCGUAACCUCGCUGUCAAAGAGGACAUCUCGCCAAUCACCUCAGAGGGUAGUCUACGCGAUAGCAUCGGUGGUCAGCAGCAACAGUAUGCCGUGCAAGCGCAAAGCGUUUUAGCGGCUACCUUAGCUAAUUUGCUGGAUGUCGCGUAUGGCUCGCAGGAGAAGGAUAAGGUAGUGAAUAUAAUAACAACGUUGCUGUACAACAUUACGCCAUACCUGAAAAAUCACACAGCGCGCAAUGUGCCCUCCUUCUAUGCCUGCUCCAGUCUUUUGGCAAGCCUCAGUGGCUAUCAGUAUACACGCAAGGCGUGGCGCAAGGACAUGCUCGAUCUGUUACUUGAUAAUACCUUUUUCCAGUUAGAUAUUUCCUGUCUGAGUUUCUGGAAGCAAAUUAUGGACAGUCUGAUGACUUACGACAAUACAACAUUCCGCGAACUGAUGAGCCGCGUCUCUUUAACGCAAACCGGCAGUUUAAAUAUCUUCACGUCGCGCGAGCAGGAGUAUGAGCAGCGCUCAAUGUUGUUGAAACGUUUGGCCUUUGUGAUAUUCUGCAGUGAAUUCGAUCAGUACCACAAGUAUAUGCCCGAAAUACAAGAACAACUGGCGAACAGCUUACGCCUACUUUCCAUGGUGCCAUCCGUGCAGGCAGCCGUUUUUCUUUGCUUCCGUGUACUCCUGCUACGCAUGUCAGCUGAUCACGUGACAUCCUUGUGGCCCAUUAUAAUUGCCGAGAUGGUGCAUGUGUUCUUGGCUAUGGAGCAAGAGUUGAAAUCCGAUGGCGAGGACUUGAGCCAACAAAUGCGUUUACUCUCCGGCAUGGACGUUUCGUGGUCAUCAAAUUCCUCCAGCAAUGGUUUGAGUUCACAAAAUCAGGUGACACACUGGCGCUCAGUGCAGCUGGAAGCGUCGAAGCUGCUUGAAUUAGGCUGUGUGUUGCCGGCGACCAAUUUGCCACAUUUCCAAAUGUACCGUUGGGCUUUCGUGGGCACCGAAUUCGAUGUGCACGAGGAGGUGCCGAUUAUGAAUGGCAGCAGUGAUGAGCUGAUGACAACAGCCACAUUGCCAACGACAAUCUAUGUGCCGCACAUACGACGCAUCGGACGAUUGAUGGACAUGAAGUAUGCAGUACAUUCGCCGACCAACAAUGUAAAACGUGGCCGCCACCUAAUGCUUACCUUCCAGCAAAUCCAUUCGCUGCAAGAUCUAUACGGUUUCUUCUCUACACUGAGCGUCAAUUGUCCCAAUCCACACAACCACGCUGAUAUCGACAAGGAGGUGGCCAGCUGUUUGGCCGAAAUUGAGGAUGUGCUAGCUAAGGAUUUUCUUGAGAAGAUGCCGACCAGCACAACGCCUAGGUGAAAAUUAGUGACGGCGAUCCGUGAAGUUGCCGGCGAACUGGAGUCGAGCGGUAGCGCUUUCAGCAGUCGCGUCACAGCGGCUUGUCACUUCAAACUAUUGCAUUAUCACCAGCAACAACAGCAGCAGCACCAACAGUCGACGCAUGCAGAGACGAGCUACACGCUCGGUAUUAAUCACAGCACCACAACAACUACAACUAAAAAAAGUAAUUUCCCAUUCUAUGUUUGAGUAAAGUAAAGGCCAGCAACAGGUGAAAAAGUGGAAAACCUAGAACCUAGUGCUAGAAUAACGGUGAAUUUGCGUUAAGUAGUGCGAGAGGGCAUAAAUGUAUUAGAUCAAGCGAAACGGACCACACUUUUAAUGACUUUUAAGCUUAAUGGCUAUAAGGAAACAAAGAAAGAAAGAAAGGAAAAUAACACACACACACACACUAAUUAUACCUACCAAUAUUAACGCCCUGUAUUUAUAUAAUUAAUUACUAUUAGCUAAUAUGCAAAAAGAAAGAAAAAAAUAUUAUAAAAGAUGCGAUAAAUGGCGUAUUUGCGCAUGCGCUGCAUUAUUAUGAUAUCCUUAUACAUACCUACAUUAAUUAAUUGCAUACAUAUAAAGAAAAAAAUAUAUAUAAUACAUACACACAUACAUGCAUAGAGUGUUGUUUCGAGUUUUUGCUCAGCAGUGUAAAAUUGUUGGCAAUGCAAAGACCACAGCUUACUAUUUGAAUGAUAGAAUUUUAAACGAAGAGAAAAUGAUGAAACAGAAAAUCAGAAAAAUGUAAUGACGAUAGAGAAGAUGAUUAUGAUGAUGAAAAAGAUGUGAAUAAAGAUGAUGACGAUUAAGAAAAUUGAAAAAAAAGAUGAGGAUGAUGAAAAUAGAGAACAAAGAGACGAUGGAAAAGAAGAAAAUGAUAAUGUUAAUGAAACGUGUACAAUAAAGUAGCUGAAAGACGGAUGGUGUCAAUGUUGGUGUUGGUGUUGGCGGUGAAGUUUGCAAUGAAUCACAAAUAUAAACAAAAACAAACAAAGCAUGCAUUCAAUACAGCCCCUCACCACCCCAUUGCCUCAUCAAUUGUCACUGUGUGCAAUUAUGUUUGUUAAAUAAAAACUUUGUGUAUUCAAUUGACAUUCGUCUGCGCUAUUAAGCGGACUGUAAGGGGUGCCUGUGGCUGUGGGAGUUUCUAGCAAGUGCAUAUUUGCAAAGAAGUUCUUCACUUGUAGAAUUCAUUAUUGAGCUGCUCGCCAAUUUGGCGCUGCUAUUCGGUGUUUUGCGGAGCAACGCUUGGCUGGUCUUGGCUUGGCUUGUCGUCGCCGUGCUGUUCUUCAUACAUUGGCCCAUCGCUGUUUUGGGUGUAAUUUUCAAUUAUGGCGACUAUCGCGCAGCUGCUUACUUCGAUAAUGUAUUUCUCAUACUAUUCGAAUAUAUACUGGCUUUGGUGAUUUUUGGCUACUGCUCAUAUCUUGUCUACUCCUACUUCCAUCAAUUGCGGAAUAGUCAGUCAUCGACACCACAUGGCGUUGUCGUGUAAAUACAUAAUAUACCUAUGUACUUAGCCAUAUACUAUGCUACAUGCAUAUACAUAAAUGCAUUAUGAGUACAAAAUCGAAAACACCAAAAUAAGUUUUUUUGUUUUUGUUUUAAUUUUACGGCGGCAAUGUGUAGCCACCUUAAUGCAGUAAGCAUAUUUUAUGUAUGAAUUUUUAAAUUAUUAUCAUAUGAUUAUAUAUAAUUGUCUACUUAUAUAUAUAUAUUAUAAAAUAAAAUAAAUUAUUUUAUAUUAACAAACAUUUUUUAAUAUUAUAAUUUUUUUUAAUCAGUUUUAUCUUUAGCUAUAUAUCUAUAUCUAUAUAUGUAGGUAUGUAUGUAUUACUGCUGAAACUUAUUUAUUGCCUAAUUAAUAUGUUAAUUUCCUCGCCAUCGCUUAAGCAGACUACGUCGCAGCCAUUCUCUACUUUAUAUUUUCUAAUUCUUUACAUUUUUAAUUCAGCGUUAAAACAAAUAAAUAAAAGCGAAAAAUACCAGUA